UGGUUACUAGGAGACAGGACGCUCGGGUCGGCCAUCUAGGCGCUGCGUGGGCGUGCGCCUGCGCGGCGCGGAUGGGCCAGGAAAAGGCCUCUCUGGUCGCAGCCCGGACAGGCGGGCCGGCGGCUGGCCACGUCGCUACGUGCUCGGGUGCGCGCGCACGAUUGGUGGUAGUCCCCCGCGAGAGGGCGUGUCGAGCCAGGUACGCGUGCGCACGGGGGCUGGGGGCGCGCCGGACGGAAGUGGAGCGGAGGCGCCGGGGAGGUGGAAGGAGAGCCCCCUUCAGGUUACCACCAAAGAACAUCAGUUUGGUCUCGGGGCUCCAGUUUCUGAAGCUGGAAAAAACCAGAAUACUCUCCAACUAGAACAAGAAGUGAGAACCCAAGAUAGAUUCAUCUCUACACUGAAAUUACAGGUU